CUCUUCCCAUCGACUCUGCAGCGCGUGCUCUGUGUAGAAUCACUGCGCUAUGAUUAACUAAAGUGCUACACAGAAGAGCGCCCUGUCUUCUUAAUGGUAACCUCUUAAGCUAGUCGACUGCCGUGAUUUACGCACGAACAUCACACACCCAGUAUAAACGUCGGAUCCCUACGGAUGCCUACUCAAGCCUGACAAGACAUUUGGCGUAUCGAGUCUUCCGAGGUUAAGUGUUGCUGUUCUACGCCUCGUUUAGAAUCGUAUCACCUGCAUACGUCUUGCAUGACCAUCACAAAGCUGUUCUGGAAUUUCCUUUGAUCAUGACAUUGUGUGCCUGUAGAAGCUUUGUGCUGACUACUUCUCUCUGAAGAUGACAUGGCGUCCUCAGUACCGCAGCUCCAAAUUCCGCCACGUGUUCGGUAAGCCUGCCACCAAGGAAAACUGCUACGAUGGUGUCCCUAUCACCAGAAGUGUCCAUGGCAACCACCUCUGUGCGGUCAACCCAUGCUUCAUCGCAGUCAUCACGGAGUGUGCAGGGGGCGGAGCCUUCCUGGUCAUCUCUCUUCACCAUACUGGGAAGGUGGACCCUCAUCACCCACGUGUUUCUGGACACAGAGGAAAAGUGCUGGACAUCAAAUGGAACCCUUUCAACGACUUCUGCAUCGCCUCCUGCUCGGAGGACACCAUGGUGAAAAUCUGGGAGAUUCCAAAGCAUGGUGUGCUGAAGAAUAUCACAGUGCCAUGUAAGGAGCUGCAGGGACACGCCCGCAGGGUGGGGCUGAUUGAAUGGCAUCCCACCGCCAACAACAUCCUGUUCAGCACCGCCUACGACUACCAGGUGAUGGUAUGGAACUUAGACUCCCCAGAGCAGGUUAUCAAGAACCCAGUGAAGACCAUUGGUCUGCACAUAGAUGUGGUCCUGUCCAUGUCCUUCAACACUGAUGGCAGCAGGAUGGCCACCUCCUGCAAGGACAAGAGGAUCCGGGUCAUAGACCCUCGCACCGGGGCCCUCUUGCAGGAGGCUAACUGCAAGUCCCAUAAAGCCAACAAAGUGCUCUUUUUAGGAAAUCUGAAGAUGAUCUUUUCAACUGGAAAUUCUCGGUGGAACCACAGACAGAUGGCUCUGUGGGAUCAGGAUGACCUCUCUGUGCCUUUGCUGGAGGAGGACCUGGAUGGCUCCUCUGGGGUCCUGUUCCCUUUCUAUGAUCCUGACAUACACAUGCUGUAUGUGGCAGGGAAGGGGGAUGGUAAUAUCAGGUAUUAUGAAGUCAGCUCAGAGAAGCCCUACAUGCAUUUCCUUACAGAGUACCGCUCACUCCUACCUCAGAAAGGCAUUGGGAUCAUGCCAAAGCGUGGACUGGAUGUGUCGUCCUGUGAAGUGUUCAGAUUCUACAAGCUGGUGCCAAUCAAAAGUCUCAUCGAGCCACUUUCCAUGAUAGUCCCACGCAGAUCAGAGUCUUACCAGGAAGACAUCUACCCCAUGACUGCUGGGAGCAAGCCAGCCAUGACAGCAGCUGAAUGGCUGACAGGCCUUAAUAAAGACCCUGUCUUGAUGUCUCUGAGGCCUGGAAGUAAAUCAGCAGAUGCAUACCCAGAUCUGGCAGCAGGUAAAGCCUUUAGCAACUCUUUGGAUACCAGGCGGUCCCAGAGUCGCCCCGGCCUUCUGCAGUUGGCCUUUAUCGAGGAGAAUCUACAGACCAAAGAUGGCAAGGAACCUAAGACCUUAAACGACUCAAAAUCCUGCCAAGAAUUUGAGGACAAGAGUCAAGCUGCUGUGUCCAACGGACAAGAACCCAUGACGUGUUCCCCUCCUAAAACUGAGAAUGAGCUCCUACAGACAUACUACCGGCAACAGGAGGAGAUCCGCCGCCUACGGGAGCUGCUGACCCAGAGGGAUGUGCGGAUAAAGCAGCUGGAGCUGGAGAUUAAAAAUGUACUCAACUCCCAAGGAGCCUGCUAAGAAGCGCAGCCCCCCUGCCAGUCUGUUUCCAAUGCUCCCCUCCUCAGUUUCAGACAUUUCCAGCCAGUACCAAGGGGACAUGGUCCCAGCCACAGGAAUGACCCCCCUCUCUGCCACAAGCUCUCUGCCUCUCUGUUGUCAUGUGUGACGCAU